AUGGCUACCACGUCCAUGGAUUACGAGGCCGCCAACGGCGACCGCUAUGAUGACGAGGCUCCUCGUUAUGAGCGCGAUAACCGCAGCGCCUCUCCCCGCCCUCUGCGCGAUGACGGCGACUCCGGACGCCGCCGCUCCGCUUCGCCCUCUGGCAAUGGCGACCGUGGCAACAAAGAUGAGACCGGAUCCAAGGGCGGCGACGAUGACGGCGCCGUAAACCCUGGCUCCAACCUAUUUGUCACUGGCAUUCACCCACGCCUGACCGAGUCCGAGGUCACUCGCCUGUUCGAGAAGUAUGGUGAGGUCGAGAAAUGCCAGAUCAUGCGCGACCCUCAUACCAAGGAGUCUCGCGGCUUCGGCUUCGUAAAGAUGGUUACAUCUGAGCAGGCUGAUGCUGCUAAGGAGGGCCUGCAGGGCGAGCAGAUUGAGGGCCGCACUUUGAGCAUUGAGAAGGCUCGCCGUGCUCGUCCUCGCACCCCUACUCCUGGCAAGUACUUCGGCCCCCCCAAGCGUGAGGGCCGUGGUGGCGGUGGUGGCCGCUUUAACGACCGCUACGAUGACCGACGUCGUGGAGGUUAUGGCGGUGGCUAUGGAGGCGGCGGCGGUGGUAGUGGCGGUUACGGCCGCGAUGACCCUUACCGCUACCGUGGCUAUGAUAGACGCGGCUACGAUGACCGUGGUGGCUACGAACGCGGAUACCGUGAGGACCGUGGCUACGACCGCAGCUACCGCGAGGAUCGUGGUGGUUACGAAAGACGCGACCGCGGCGGCGAUGAGGCCUACGCUGGCGGCCGGGUCGACCGCUAUGGCGGCGGUGGACGCGAGGAGCGUGGCGACCGCUACGCGCGUGGUGGCCCCGAUGAGCGUCGUAACCCUGGCUACGAACGCGAACGUGGCUAUGAUAGACCCGCUGAGCGUGAAGGUCCUCGCUCCCGCGACGCGCCUGCUGCAAGUGCUGGCUAUAGCGAUGCGCCUGCUCGCUCCGAGACCCGGGAGAACUACGGAGGUUGGAAUCUUUAA